CGUGAAUAAAAAUAAAAAUCGAAUCGAAAAUGGUUUCGCUUUUUGAAAAUUAUGAACAACAAUAUUCAGUAUUAACAGCCGAUAUUACUGCUCAAGUUGGUCUCCUAACUGCCUCAGCUACCAAGGAUCGCCGCCAACUCAUCUCAAAUAUAGAAAAACAUGUUGAAGAGGCACAGGAGCUGUUGGAACAAAUGGAAUUGGAAGUCAGGGAAGUUGACCAAUCAAAGAAACAAAGAUGUAGAACAAAAUUGGACUGUUACAGAGCAGAAUUAAAAAGACUGACUUUGGAUUAUAUUAAAGCUAGAUCAGUUAAACAAGGAAUAUUGUAUGACAGUAGUGAAGAAUUGAAUGAUGUUAGAAUUUCAUCAGAUCAGAAACAAAGGUUAUUGGAUAACUCAGAAAAACUUGAGAGAACGAAUAAGAGACUCGAAGAAGGUUAUAGAGUAGUGGUUGAAACAGAGGAUAUUGGAAACCAAGUCAUGAAAAAUUUAGGUGAACAAAGGGAAACCAUACAGAGGAGCCGUGGUAGAUUACGGGAAGCAGAUGAAGAAUUAGGAAGAUCUGGGAGAAUUAUGAACUCAAUGAUAAUGAGGUCUCUUCAACAAAAAGUGGUCUUGUAUACAAUUUGUGCCUGUUUCUUAAUAGCAGUUUGUUUAGGUAUUUAUUUGGGUUUUAAAAAAAGGUAAAGAUGCAAAAUGUUGAAAAUCUAGGUAACUAGGCAGUUAUAAAUAUACAGCAAUUUUGUUCACAGAAUUUAUUUAAUGUAUGUAUAAAAAAAAACUAGUCUGUUUAAUUUGUAAGUUUGUGACAAAACAAAUUAUUAUUUGUACAUAUAUGAUGGUUGUCCUAAAAAUAGUUUAUGGAAAUGUUAUAAAUGAAACACUAAGUACAAUACUAUACUGCAAAUACAUGGCUCAAUAUCAUAUGUUUAAAAUAAAGCAGUAUUAAAAUAUUAUUUAUUGACAAAUUAUUAUAAUGCUGCUCAUACAUUUUUAAAUUUGGCUUGGC